AUGGCUAGCCCUCCAGUUCUCUCGUUCGAUACUGAGGGCCGCCCGAUUAAGUUUGAGACCUGGCUCGAUGAUCUACAUCUGUUCCUCCAGCUCACUGCCAGAGAGGAUAUCUCGCUGUACGAUCACGCACUAGGCACAGUCCCUGCUCCUGCUACUACUGCUGCUGCUACUGCUCGCUCACAGUGGCAGACUCGCGAUGCCCACGCCCGCUUUGCUAUUCGCAACUCCCUGCCAGUAGACGAGCGCGAGCACUUUGGCCAGCAUCAGACUGCGCACGCCCUGUACACUGCUGUAGUUGCGCGCUACUCCUCCCCGGCCUCAGCUGCACUAGGCCGCCUCUCGCUUCCCUACCUGUUCCCCGACCUGUCCGCCUUCCAGACAGUAGCUGACCUCAUCACUCACCUCCGCACUAGUGAUGCCCGCUUCCGUGCAGCCAUGCCCGCUGAGUUUCUUGCCUCCAACCCUCCCCCGCUCUGGCUCACUCUCUACCACCUAGUCACCCGCCUCCCUGACACUCUGCGUACAGGGUGUUCCCCCUCCCCCCUGCUCCCCUCUGUCGCCUCUGCUGCUGCUGUCGACCUCCUUGGUGCUGAGCAGGUCGCCUCUGCGUCCGCUCCCAGCGGGCGCCGCAGCGGCAAGGGCAGGGGAGGCAAGGGCGGUGGGGGUGACGGCGGGGGAGGCGGUGGUGGGGGUGGUGGCGGCGGUGGGGGCGGUGGCGGGGCUGGAGGGGCUAGUGGCAGCGGUGGGGGUGGUGGAGGCAGCGGCGGCGGCGGUGGCCGGGGUGGGGGCGGUGGUGGUGGCGGCAGUGGACGUGGCGGCGGCAGGGGCGGUGGUGGUCGUGGUGGAGGCGGCGGUGGUGGUCGUGGAGGCUCUGGCACUGGCCAGAGCGCGCAGCACCCUCAGUCCUCCCAGGAGCUUCGUGAGUGGUACUUACAGCACGGGGGUGGGGGGGGUAGCCUUAGCUGCACGUACGUCAUCCGCACUGGUCGCCGCAAGGGACAGACGUGCGGGAGGGCGCACACUCCGCAGCGCUGCUUCUCUCGCCUAGAUGACGCUUGGCGUGCUCAGUUUCCUGACGCUCCUGAGCUCCCUCAGUGGGCUGAUCUCCUCAAGAAGGAUAUCGAUAUCUAUGCUCUUGAUUUUGAUGUUAUUCUCAAAGCAAUGUAUGCAUUGACUAUUAGUGGAGAGGAGGACCAGUACCUGAGUGUUCCGCCUGACCCAGGCAUCCGCAUGAGUGAGGCCGCCGCCCUAGGUGCUUGCGUGUCUGCUGCCCCAGGUGCUGGUGAGGCUACUGCUCUAGGUGCUUGUGUGUCUGCCACCCCAGGUACUACUGAGUCCACUGAGGCACUGCACACCUUCACUCUAGACUCAGGCGCCUCGCGCUGUUUCUUUCGUGACCGCACUGCUCUUGAGCCCCUUGCUCGACCAGUCGCUGUCUCGCUCGCUGACCCCUCUGGGGGUCCGGUCAUUGCGACCUCCUCCACUGUCCUUCCUUGUCCUGCUGUCCCGUCGGGCACACUGUCAGGUCUCCACCUCCCCUCGUUCUCUACGAACUUGGUGGCGGGUUGUGCGCUUCAGGAUGGGGGUGUUCACCAGUUCACCCCUGCCUACGAGCGUGUGACACACUGCACGUGUGCUCGGACGGGCCGUCACCUGGCUACCUUCACUCGGCAGCCGGGGUCGGACCUGUACACACUGACCACUGAGUCCCCUCAGGUAGCGGCGUUUGCGUCUGCGUCUGCGUCAGGUCAGCUGUCUGCCCCCUGCUCGUGUCGCUCUCUAGCGCACAAGACUGUCCUCUGGCACCACCGACUUGGUCACCCGUCAGUGCAGCGCCUUCGGGGCAUGCACGCCCGGUACCUUGUCUCUGGUCUUCCUCGGGUACUCCCUCCCCUCCCGCCCUCCCUUGCUCCUCCUUGUCUUCCCUGUGUCGAGGGGCGGCAGCGCGCUGCCCCUCACUCCUCCUCGUUCCCCCCGACGACUGCUCCUUUGCAGACGCUCCACAUGAACGUGUGGGGCCCAGCCCGCGUCCGUGGUCAGGGCCAGGAGAGGUACUUCUUGAUCGUCGUUGACGACUACUCGCGCUACACCACGGUCUUCCCCUUGCGCACCAAGGGUGAAGUCCCUGAUGUUCUGAUCCCUUGGAUCAGCAGAGCACGUCUUCAGCUGCGAGAGCGUUUUCGCUCGGAGUUUCCUGUCCUGCGCUUGCACUCUGACAGAGGUGGCGAGUUCUCCUCCGACCUCUUGGCAGCCUACUGCGCCGAGCACGGCAUUCGCCAGUCGUUCACGCUUCCGGCCUCUCCACAGCAGAAUGGGGUUGCUGAGCGCCGCAUUGGCUUGGUCAUGGAGGUCGCUCGUACCUCCUUAGUCCACGCGGCUGCCCCCCACUUUCUGUGGCCGUUUGCGGUCCGGUACGCUGCGCACCAGCUCAACCUCUGGCCCCGUGUCUCCGCUCCGGAGACCUCGCCCACACUGCUGUGGACGGGGGAGGUUGGCGAUGCGUCACGCUUCCGUGUCUGGGGAUCCCGAGCUUUUGUUCGCGACACGUCUGCGGACAAGCUCUCCUCCCGCACUGCUCCCUGUGUCUUUCUUGGCUUUGUCCCGGAUGCGUCUGGCUGGCAGUUUUACCACCCCGCCUCGCACCGAGUCUUCCCCUGUCGUUGCUGA